AUGGGUUGUUAUCAUGAUUAGAAAAAAUCCUAAUGUGUAUCUUUAUUAAUAAGCACUGAUAACGAAACUAAUAUAAAUCUACAGGAGAUACAAAAGGCUAAUUAAUAUUUAUCAACUGUUUCAUGUUUUGAUAAAUCUUUAGGAUUGAAUAGAAUCAUAUGUGGAUCUAUCACUACGAAAAAUGUAUUUUGCAGAUGGCAAUAGAAUAGUUGUAAAUUUAUGAAAAAAGAAGCUAUUGCUAAUAUUCCUUGUACAGAUCUAAAAUAUGCUAAUCCAUCAACGUGUGCUUAAGUAAAAUACAACAAUGAAUUUUGCAGAUAUUUUAAAGAAGAAAAAGGAUGUACAAAUCAAUUAAAAGGUGAAAUGAAUUGUAUUGAUCUUGGGCUUAAUACAAUUAGUUGUAAAUAGGCUAAAGAGAAUUGUUACUUUGACAACGAUAGAUGUUAAAGUAUUGGUGAAAUUUCAACUUAAAUUACUCCUGAGGUUUAAAUCAUUUUAGAAAAACUAACUUGCUAAUCUAAUUUUCCAACUAUAAUGAUUUGCUUAGAAAUAUAAACUAAAGGUUAAUUAUGCUAAUGGUCAAUUAUGUAUUAAUAGUGUAGAGACAUCCUAGUACUUCCAAAUAAAAAAUGUUCAGAUUUCUCCUCAUUUCAAGUAAAUGUUAAUGUUUGUGCAUCUAUUACAAUGGAAAAUCCAAAUAACAUUAUUUUUGGUAUGGAAUAAUCCUUUGAGGGAUAAAAUCCUGGUUAUUGUGAAUAUGACAGAACAAAAAAGAUUUGUAAGGUAAAAACCAAAGAUUGUACUUCUGAAUGUUGUACAGAAAAUGAAGAAAUAGGAAUAAAUGUACAUUCAUGCAGUAGAUUCUCAAGUAAAAAUCCAGGAGUUUAUUGUUAUUUUAAAGACUUCAGAUGUUAGCAACUCACAAACUAAAAUGUAGAUAUCUCAAAUCCUAAUAAUGUAAAGAGUUACUAUAAUGAAAAAAAAUUUAAUUGUGCUUAAAUGAAUAAGAAUUCUUGUCAUAUGAUUGAUUGGGUCAACUUCUUAAACUUGCUAUUAUAAUGGAUUUGCUUGUACCUGAUAGAAUUUACAAAACCCUCUUCAAUUCUCAAUAUUUAUGCCUGUUUAGCAAUUGAGGCAGUGAAUAGCAUCAAUUUAAGUUAAAAAUAUUUUGAGUAUAAUUAAGAAGGUAAAAACUGUAAACUACUUCUACAACCAUAUCCAUUAUAUUAAACUUGUGAAAGUGUAACUGGAAAUUCUAACAUUUGUUUAGGACUUACUAGUAAUCUUUAUUGUAAAUGGAACAAAGAAUUGUUAAAAUGUGUUACAAUUACAGAAGAUUAAUAAUAAGAAAUCCUCACAUGCAAUGAAUAUCAAAAUAUCAAAUCAUGCUUAGAAAAUUAAUACUCAGCGUGCCAAUUCUCUCUUGCCUAAGAUAAAUGUAUUAAUGCACCUUUAGAUCAGGAUUGCUCAUAUUUCAAUACUACAGGUAAAGUAAGUAGGAAAACUUGUUCAUUAAUAACGAAAAGUGGCUAAAUUUGUGAAUUUUAAGAUAAUUAUUGUGUUGUUUCUAACAAAUCUAUUGAAGGAUGUAAUUUAGAUGGAAUUAAUAAAAGAGGUUGUUUUAAGAAUACUAAAGGAAAUUGCAGAUGGGAUGAUGUCUCAGGUUAAUGCUAUGAAAAUAAAACAGUAUUAUAAGAAUUGGAAUUAACUAAGUAACCAUGCAUGUGGAAUGAUGAUCAAUAUUAAUGUGUUUAUUUUAAUCAAAUGACUAAAGAUCAAUAUUUAGAAUAAAAUCCUAAGAAUUAAUAUAAUCAAUGGGCUUGUACCCUAAUAGUUGGUGCUGGAUACACAUUUGAUGCAGAUAAUCAUAAAUGCAAAUUACUAGAUAAUACUUAAAAUUUUGGAUGUUCUGAUAUUUAGAUGAAUAAUUAUGCAUGUUAAUUUUUAACAAAAGGUUCAAAUUGUUAUUUUGAUUAAAAUGAAAAAACCCUCCAAAAUGUAAAAUUUUCAAUAUGGGAAUCAAACAAUUUGCUCAUAUAAAUAUGCCAUAAAUAUUGA